GGCCUCCCCGGGAUUUAAAGGGCCCGCUCUCCGCGCUGCCCUGGGAGCCGCAGCUGGUCCCGGCCUUGCGGCCUGCGGGGGAGGCUGCCCGGAGGAGGCGGCGACGGUGGCGGCGGCUGUACGUCCCCGGCCCCCUGGACCGCAGCUUUCUUACUGCCAGGUCUAUCCAUCAGUCCAUCCAUCCGUGGGGGUCCACAAUGGCCACCUUCAGCCGCCAGGAAUUUUUCCAGCAGCUGCUGCAGGGCUGUCUCCUGCCUACUGCCCAGCAGGGCCUUGACCAGAUCUGGCUGCUCCUUGCCAUCUGCCUCGCCUGCCGCCUCCUGUGGAGGCUUGGGUUGCCAUCCUACCUGAAGCAUGCAAGCACCGUGGCAGGCGGGUUCUUCAGCCUCUACCACUUCUUCCAGCUGCACAUGGUUUGGGUCGUACUGCUCAGCCUCCUGUGCUACCUCGUGCUGUUCCUCUGCCGACAUUCCUCCCAUCGUGGCGUCUUCCUCUCCGUCACCAUCCUCAUCUACCUACUCAUGGGUGAGAUGCACAUGGUGGACACCGUGACAUGGCACAAGAUGAGAGGGGCCCAGAUGAUUGUGGCCAUGAAGGCGGUGUCUCUGGGCUUCGACCUGGACCGGGGUGAGGUGGGUGCAGUGCCCUCGCCCGUGGAGUUCAUGGGCUACCUCUACUUCGUGGGCACCAUCGUCUUUGGGCCCUGGAUAUCCUUCCACAGCUACCUACAGGCCGUCCAAGGCCGCCCGCUGAGCCGCCGAUGGCUGCAGAAGGUGGCCCGGAGUCUGGCGCUGGCCCUGCUGUGCCUUGUGCUGUCCACCUGUGUGGGCCCCUACCUCUUCCCGUACUUCAUCCCCCUUGAUGGUGACCGCCUCCUUCGCAACAAGAAACGCAAAGCCAGGGGCACCAUGGUAAGGUGGCUGCGAGCCUAUGAGAGUGCUGUCUCCUUCCACUUCAGCAACUAUUUUGUGGGCUUUCUGUCCGAGGCCACGGCCACGUUGGCAGGGGCUGGCUUCACCGAGGAGAAGGAUCACCUGGAAUGGGACCUGACGGUCUCUAAGCCACUGAACGUGGAGCUGCCCCGGUCCAUGGUGGAAGUUGUCACAAGCUGGAACCUGCCCAUGUCUUAUUGGCUAAAUAACUAUGUUUUCAAGAAUGCUCUCCGCCUGGGGACCUUCUCAGCUGUGCUGGUCACCUAUGCAGCCAGCGCCCUCCUGCACGGCUUCAGCUUCCACCUGGCUGCGGUGCUGCUGUCCCUGGCGUUUAUCACUUAUGUGGAGCACGUCCUCCGAAAGCGCCUGGCUCGGAUCCUCAGUGCCUGCAUCUUGUCGAAACGGUGCCCAGCAGACUGUUCACACCAGCAUCGCUUGGGCCUGGGGGUGCGAGCCUUAAACCUGCUCUUUGGGGCCCUGGCCAUCUUCCACCUGGCCUACCUGGGCUCCCUGUUCGAUGUUGAUGUGGACGACACCACAGAGGAGCAGGGCUACGGCAUGGCAUACACUGUCCACAAAUGGUCAGAGCUCAGCUGGGCCAGUCACUGGGUCACUUUUGGAUGCUGGAUCUUCUACCGUCUCAUAGGCUGAGGCACAUCUGUGGACCCUCACAACUCUCUCAAGAC